AUGAAGCCUGUCGUGUCCGCCUUGAAUGCAUGGACCUGCACCGUUCUCUCGUGCUUCGCCGUUGUCAUUCUCUCCAUCAUAGGGAGCCUCUUUGCGAGGGAUCACCAUAUGAUGAUGGGACUGGAGGAAAAUCCUGAAAAUGGUGCCGCAGUUGCAGCCUCCAUCUUCAUCGCAGUCGCCGUCUACGCCGGCUUCCUCGUAUUCUGUGGGUUCCAAGCAUGGCUACAUGUGCGGGCGAGUCGACGAGGAGCAAUAUCUCUGUGA